AAGAAAGUAAACAAAAUGUUGGAAGUCUGUGUGUUGAAACAUACACUUGUUAUUUAUAUGGCAUCAUAUAAACUCAGUACAUGUGUUUUUGUGCAAGUCAUAAACAGUAUUGUUUAAAAUUGUAGGUAAAAAAUGCCUUUCAAAUCGUGGCCCGUAUAGCGGAAAAGAUUGGACGUGAAGAAGAAGAUAACAGUAAGUUAAUUCGCGAUAAGACGAGACAACAAUGCAGCGUGGCGUGAUGGUGCAUACAUUAGAACAUUGUACCUAAUCAUUUUUAGUACUCCUAAACAUCAUUAGUAUGUUAAAUUUUCACCAUUCAAAGAUAAAUAAAAUGAUAUUGUAACUAGUUAUAAAAAAAAACGUUUGAUUAUUUCUAAAGGUUUCAAUAAGUAAGAUGACAAUAGGUAUAAUUGUCACAUUAGCCUUGUAAAGGACAUCUUCAGAUAAUAAAAGUUAAAAUAAAAUCCCAGUCGUUUGUUAAGAUAUCCACACUACAACACAUCAGAAGAGUUUACACAGCUAUAAACACACAGACUAAAGAUGGACGUAGAGACCAGCAUCCAAGUGGCCGACUAUGUUGUAUGUGUUGUUGUCUUGUUGAUUCCUAUGGCCAUCGGGAUUUUGUUCGCUGUUAAAGACGCAAAGAAGGCGACCAGAGAGGAAUAUUUGUUUGGAGGAAGACGGAUGUCUGUGGUGCCUAUCGCUCUGUCUCUCUUUGUCACCUAUACGUCGGCUAUUUCUUUAAUGGGCCAUUCAGUGGACUUGUACACAUACGGUGCCAUGGUGAUCGUGAUAUAUAUAGGAUGUUCUCUCAGUUACCUCAUAGGCCUGUUCACCAUUGUGCCGCUGUUCUAUUCCCUACAACUGACAAGUAUCUAUGAGUACUUUGAGUUGAGGUUCCACUCACGUGCAGUGAGGAUGUCAGCACUGGCCGUUGGUAUGUUACAGACAUUGUUUUACAUGGCAAUUGCCCUUUACAGUCCGGCUUUAGCUUUGCAGACAACAGCGAAGAUCCCAUUAUGGAUGUCUAUUGUUAUUGUUGGCAUCAUCGGCACCGUGUACUCAGCUCUGGGUGGUAUCAAGAGCAUUGUCUGGGCGGACGCUUUUCAAUGUUUCGUCAUGUUUGGUGGGGCUCUUCCUAUUAUUAUCGCAGGUAUCAAAACAGCAGGUGGCUGGUCAGAGGCGUGGUCACUAGCUUCAACAGGUGGAAGAGUUAAUUUUGACGUGUAUGACUUUGAUCCAAGAACGAGACACACCUGGUGGGGCACCUUAGUGGGCUGCACCAUCUCCUGGCUAGGCAGUACAUUCAACCAGUCAACCAUCCAAAGAUUGUGUGCCAUGAAGACAAUGAGAGACGCCAAGAUUUCCUAUAUUCUAAACAUGCCAAUUAUGCUAUUAUAUGGAGCUAUGUUGUUUUUCGUUGGCUUCGGAUUAUACGUGUAUUUUGCAUUUCUUCGAUGUGAUCCUUUCACACUGUCAGGACGGAGAAGUCGAAUAGUUAAAAUCCGAGUUCAAUAA